AUAAGGAUUUUGGAGCAACUCGACUUAUUUCACCGUUUUCACCUGCGUUCGCAAUCUUCGCUGGUUCUAAGCAACAGUUCUCGUAUCUGGGUCCAUACGGCACGGUCGCUGUUGCUUUUUUUAGCUCGAACGGCGCUCCUGAGGGCCCAUACGAGCUCGGUCCGGCACACGGGAUUUCGCUGCAUCGGCGGCGCCGUUGCACGACGGCUAAGCGCGCGUGGCACGGAAGCAGUCGACCGGCGCCACGGGCAGCGGCACGGCUGUCGUCGUGGGCCGCACGGCUUCGGACACAGCGCGCGCUGCUCGUCGGCGGGCGGCGACGGCCGAACACAAACGACGACGAGCGGACGACGCGCGCGCCGCCGCCGAGCGCCGUUCCGACCGCCGCGCGUCCGCGCAGGUAGCACCAAGAUGCAGCGUGUCGUCAUCGCGCUCGCGCUCAGCGGGGCCAGCGCCUUCGUGGCGCCGGUGCCCAAGGCCGUGCAGCAGGUCCGCAUGUCGGACGACGCCGAGGCCGAGGCGCCCGCCGAGGAGGCCGCGCCGGCGCCGGCGCCGGCCAAGGCCGCGGCGCCGACGCCGACGGGCGCCUUCACGCGCCAGGACCUGUACAACUACGCGGACACGAUGCCCGGCCCGGGCACGGGCGCGUGGGACCCCUUCGGGCUCGCGGACCAGUCGUGGGCCUUCGGCGAGUCGACGCCCUUCUCGAACGAGGCGACGAUCGGCUUCCUGCGCCACGCCGAGAUCAAGCACGGCCGCGUCGCCAUGGCGGCCUUCCUCGGCUUCAUCGCGCAGUCGACGGCGCUCGUGAGCGGCGAGCACACGUUCGCGCCGUACCGCGGCUACGUCGCGGGCUGCACGCCCCAGGAGCAGUGGGACAACAUCCCCGUCGUGGGCAAGCUCCAGAUCCUCAUCGCCAUCGGCAUGCUCGAGAGCUACGGCGAGGGCGCGGCGGCGGGCCCCGAGUACACGCACUACAUGCGCGGCGGCCAGCCGGGCUUCUACCCCGACAUCAAGGGCAAGAACAACGGCCAGAUCCAGAUCAACCUCUACGACCCCUUCGGCUUCGGCUUCCGCGACAAGCCGGCCGACAAGCGCGCGCGCGGCCUGCGCUCCGAGAUCCUGAACGGCCGCGCGGCCAUGUUCGGCAUCAUGGGCUUCCUCGCGGAGUCCAAGGUGCCGGGCUCGGUCCCGAUCUUGUCCAAGAUCCCGGGCUUCCCGCACUACGAUGGGGAAGUGAUGGCGCCCUUCGCGCCGGAGAUCCACCUCAACUUCUAA